AUGGUUCUAGGCGGUAUCGCUGAGACAGGAACCCGGAAUCGCGAAUUUGGCGAAACUGCAAACUCGGAUGGAGUGUAUGGUGGUGGAACCGGAAAUUCGCGUGGAUCGAGUGCUUCCGACGCGCACAUUGGCCGUUUGAAGCCAGACGGACGUAGGGCAAGCAGGGUGACGCUGGCUAUGGUCACGGGGAAUGAGCAGCACUUUUAUUGUCAAGGAAGAGGAAACGGCAAUGAAAUCUAUUGA